GAAAGGCAGCAGUAUCUACUUGCAAUUUUCACACUUGUAUUGACCCAUGGCGGAUGAUGAGGUGGUCACCCUUGCGGGGGUGGGAUCGCUCCUGUCAGAGGCCUCUGCAAGGGAAUCCUUUGAGUUCUCCAACUUUCGGAUUGGGCAGGUUCGUGGCUAUCAGCGAUGCUUCUGCCAAGCCAACUGGGUCAACCUGGUGUGCGGUGCAGGCCGGCUGUCCAGCAACGAAGUGGCUGCACUGGCCAUGGUCCCCAGCGACCCAGACUUUGUGAGUGAGGUUGCGCUGCUGGAUGUGACCCGCUCCGAGCUGCCAGGCUUCUACGAACGCGAAGCAGGCUACCGGAUCAUCAGCGUUCCGUACCAGAUUGCAGGACCUGAUGGUGCUGUGGAAGAAGGAUCUGCCUUGAUGUGUGCGGCCUGUGAAGAUGACGCCGAGGCUGACAGCCUCUGGGGCUUGGAGGGGCCCAUGCUGAAGCACUGCUCCGACAGCAGUUACGUCUUUCGCUGGAUGCGCUUGUCUCUGCGACCUCUUUGGCCUCCACCUGAGGCCAUGCCACUGUGCCCUGGACCUCCAGAAUCUGCCGAGUCCGUCGCAGCGAGCCUGGAGGACUUCUCGGAAGAGGAUUUCCCACGAGGACUCACACCUGGCCGGCACCUCUACCCUGCUCCAGGAUACCUUCGGGACUGCGCGAUGGCGCAUGACGAUGCUGGGCUUCUGGAGCACUUCUUGGACUCGACACUGUUGGCGGAUAGAAGGAGCACUUUGCGAAGCUACUUGGCCGCGAACGAGGGCCUGCGGGGCUACGUGCUCGGCACGAGUGCCAGGGAAGCCUUCAGCUUUGCCGCCCCAGACUUGCGGCAGAACGCCCAUCACCCCGUGGUGAGGCCAGCCAAUGGCCGCCGUGGCUGUGGCCAGCUACGAGGAUGGCAGACCCUCUGGGAAUGGAGCGAAAAUCGGUUCCGCUGUGACCUGGGAAUGACCGGCAUCGAAGAGACGAAGAGCGGUCGCAAAGACGACUUCGAAUACCAAAUGAGCGACCGAGAGGCAAAAGCCGAGCGCGCCAAGAAGGAGGCCCCGGCUGGUGGGGCGCCUGGGCCCGACACCGAUGGCAUCGCCCAGGGAACCGAGGCGGCGGCUUCUCCGACCACCCCGGCCGAAGCGCCCGAAGCGCCCGAAGCGCGCGGACCGGUGGCCGAGGCUGACCGGGCGCAGGCGCAAUCAGAGCGGACGCCUGCACAGGAACUGCCUCCUGGUGCGAUGGCCCAGGAUGCGAGCCCUCCCUUCGAUGGCCCAGCAGAAGACAUCACUCCGCCCUCACCAUCUCCUGGAGCGCUCCGCGGCCGCGACAUGGCCACGCUGAACAGCAUGCGCUGCGAUGCGCAGACCACGCGGCGGCUGGUGGAGCGGGAAGCGGGGCAAUUGAAGAACAUCGACCAGCUGGAUAGCUGUGGAGAGGUGACCUUAGGCUUGACCAUGACCUUCGGGUGCACGCUGGUGAUUUGGAUCUUGGGGCUGAACUUCUUCGAUAUGGUCGGGAUGCAGUGGAUCCGAAGCUGGGAAACCCAUGCAGGAUGGAUGCCAUUCGAGGAUUUCCAGAAUGAGGUCUAUAGCUCCUAUAGUCCUGGGGAGGAUGGAGUCCCCAAGGGCGCAUGGGAUGUCUUGGACGUUCACCAGGGUGGCUCCGUGAGCGAACGUGAUCUGAAGGUCUUCAUGACGGGACUGCGAAACCCGAUCCAAAGGCCAGAACAGGUGAAGUAUUCCUUCCAGGGUUUGGACUUGGACCAGGACGGCUUUAUCCAGCAGUCCGAGUGGAACAAAGCUUUCAUCCACAGCACAUUCUUCUACCACAAGACCACUACCUUGAGCACCACGACAUUAGCCACAACACAGCGCACCACGGUGCCGCACACGGUCAUCACUGUCACAGAGCCGCCACCCAUCGUGGUGGACCGUGCCACGUUGCACAAGUUCGUGGGUGAGAUGGUGAAGAGGAUGGGGAAGGAAGGCCAGCAUAGUGCUGAGCAAGCCUUCGGAGCCUUGGAUCUCAAUGGUGAUGGCUAUGCCGCCCGUGGCGAGUUGCUGAAUGCUUUGGGGCAACUGCGAGAGCCCAUGCGUGGACAGGAUGCUCGGGUGGUCUUUCAGGGCGUGGACGCCAACGAGGAUGGCGUGGUGGAAUUCCCCGAGUUUAAGGCUGCCUUUGAGUACGCCAGGGAGCACGAGGGCGACGGGACUGAACCACACAAGCCGGCGACCAGAACGAAUCCGGGCGAGGAAAACGUGGAAGUGAAAGUGGCGCCGCCGCAGGAGCAGAAUGACAACCCCAGGCUGGCAAAGGUCCUACAAGAAAUGAGGCUCAAUGAGCCCCCAAUCUCCAUGGCACGCUUCGUGCAUGGCAUGGGCUCGGUACCAGCGGAGACGGCGUUCAAAGCCUUGGAUGCGAACCAAGACAAUGAGCUUUCGCAGGACGAGAUGGUCCGCUUCGCCAAGGCCUUCGUCCCGCCGCUGACGCAGACCGAGGCGCUCUUCGCACAUAAGGGCAUGGACAUCAACGACGACGGCCGGGUCGUGCCUGCGGAGAUGUACGAUACCCUGCGCUUCGGACACUUCUUCACGACCGAGGAGCAGGCACGUGAGAUGCAUGAGUGA